AUGUCCGGUUCAUUGUAUCGAAGUCCUUCUGCUGCGCUUUACAAAAGCCCAUCAAUGAGUGCUUUUAGUGGUUUACCGGCGGCAUUCGGUAGUAUGUCCGUUGCCGAUUUGGGAAGUUUAACUCGCUUGGAG